AAUAUGGCGUCGUCGGACGGGACGUUGUAUUGUCUGUGCCGACAACCUUAUGAUGAAAAACUCUUCAUGAUAGAGUGUGAUGUUUGUAAGGACUGGUUCCAUGGAAAAUGUGUCAACAUUCAGGAACACCAGGCCUCAGAUAUAGAGUUAUAUCACUGUCCUAAGUGCCAGCCACUGCGAGGUCCACUGCUGUUAAAGAGAAGGAGGAACUGGCACAGACACGACUACACAGAAGAUGACGAAGACACUUCCAAGGGAGUGCAAACAGGGACUGUUGUAUUUGUUAAGGAACUGAAGAGCAGGACUUUUCCUAGUGCUGAGGAAAUCCCCAUAGUAAAGCUUCAGGGUCAUGAGUUAACACAGAAAUACCUGGAGAAGAAUGACUUUGAUGUGCCAGUCCUUGUAGAGAGAAAGGAAGGACUAGGGAUGACAAUACCACCCUCUAACUUCACUGUGCAGGAUGUAGAAAACUACAUAGGGCCCAUGAGAGAGAUAGAUGUGAUAGAUGUUUCCAGACAAGAAGACUACAAAAUGCUGUUAAGAGAGUGGACAGAGUAUUACAAUAGCCCUAACAGACAGAAAAUAUUCAAUGUUAUCAGCCUUGAGUUCUCAAAUACAAGGUUAUCAGAGCUAGUGGUCCCCCCGCAGCUGGUGAGAGAGCUGAGCUGGGCACACAACCUGUGGCCUGAGCAGGUGCCUGAAGACUCCACCAUCCCGAAACCAGAGGUCCAGAAAUACUGCCUGAUGGGGGUGAAGGACUCCUAUACAGACUUCCAUAUUGACUUUGGUGGUAGCUCAGUCUGGUAUCAUGUGUUCAAGGGAGAAAAGAUCUUCUACUUAAUCCGCCCGACCCCUGCCAACCUGAUAUUGUAUGAGAACUGGCUGUCUUCCUCCAACCAGAGUGAGAUGUUCUUUGGUGACCAGGCUGAUGUGUGUUACAAGUGUGUGGUACGCCAGGGACAGACGCUCUUCAUCCCCACGGGGUGGAUCCACGCCGUCUUCACGCCCAUUGACUCUCUUGUGUUUGGAGGAAACUUCCUUCAUAGCUUUAACAUAGGAUUGCAAUUACAGGUGUAUGAGAUAGAACGACGGGUGAAGACUCCCAGGAAGUAUAUGUACCCUAUGUUUGAGACCAUCCACUGGUACGCAGCCAGACAUAUCCAGGAGCAGCUCAAAGAUUUAAAUGAAGAAGGUAAGAAGCCUUCAGAACACUUGCUGCAGGGUGCCAAGGCUUUGGUGCAGCAUCUUAAAGGAUGGACACAGAAGAAAGAGAAUGUUAAAAGUCAUCUUGACCAUGUGCCAGAGCAAAUCCAGUAUGGAAAACUGAUCAAGGAGUUGGCUAAAGAAAUCAAACAUUCAGAGAAACCAGGAACAGGCAAGAUGCGAUCUCAGGGAAGAAAAAAGAGGAAAACCAAGCAGAUGGCACAUCUAGAUGUUCUGGAAAAACACACACAUGAAAAACUGCAAGAACUGCAGACACAGCCUGAUCUCCCAGCUAACCCAUCCUUGAAGGUGAGACUGCCAAAGUUUGGUGCUUACACUGCUCCCCCUGCCACGUCAGAGAAAGACGCUGGCACCACACUGAGGCUGAAGGUGUCCAACGGGAAAAUAGUCAGUGGUGCCAGUGGUGGCAGUGGUGCCCCAGGAAAGUUUCAGCCGCUGGCCAAGGAAGAAGAGGACAGUGACGAGGACAACCUGGUGGUUGAUGAAAAUCCGGCAGCUAGCUCACGUAGUGGAGGACUCAAACUGAAACUUUCUUUUACAAAUAAAUCAUUACAAGAACUCUCAGGGAACUCCCACCUGUCAACACAGGAAGCAGAAAAGACCAAGCCCAAAGAUGAAGUGACGUCCCCAGAACGGACGGACAUCCCCACUAUACGAGGUGGUCUGAAUGGCAGCAUAGCAGACAUCUUGGAGGCCAGUGGGUACGGCACAGAGACGGACUUUAAGGUGGACCAGGAACAUCUCGGCAGUCAGAGUGCCUCCCCUACCAUGAGGGAUGCUAUCCAAGGCAUGCUGUCUAUGAGCAGGAUAGGGGGGCUACAGCUGGGGGGGUCCGCCAACCUCAGCGGUCAUCCUCUGGUCAUGUCAGACAAGAGGAGGAAGAAAGGAAGGAUUUUUAGUGACGACACGGGAGAGAAGAUGAACACUUGUUUUAAGGAUGAGGAAUAUGUCUACCCGACUCUGGACCUGUCAGAAGAUGAAGAUGAGUAUGUAUUUAAGCCAAGAGGCCGACAGAAGAAAGAUGAGACGUGNAAAUUUAUUUGA